AUGAGAACUCCUGGAACUCCGGUUUCAAAGAUAGACAGAACACAAGCUGUAACAACACCAGGUGGAAGCUCAAGAUCUAGGGAGGAGAAGAUUGUUGUUACUGUAAGGUUAAGGCCACUGAACAAGAAAGAACAGUUAGCUAAAGACCAAGUUGCUUGGGAAUGUGUAGAUGACCACACCAUUGUGUCUAAACCACAAGCUCAAGAACGUUCGCAUCAUCAGUCAUCAUUUACGUUCGAUAAAGUUUUUGGACCAGAGACUUUAACUGAGAAUGUGUAUGAAGAUGGUGUUAAGAAUGUUGCAUUGUCUGCUUUGAUGGGCAUAAACGCAACAAUAUUUGCCUAUGGACAAACGAGCAGUGGGAAGACAUUUACCAUGAGAGGAGUAACGGAGAAAGCUGUCAAUGAUAUUUACAAUCACAUAAUCAAUACACCUGAAAGAGAGUUUACUAUCAAGAUUUCUGGUCUGGAAAUAUAUAAUGAAAAUGUCAGGGAUCUGCUGAAUUCUGAUUCCGGGCGCGCCCUUAAACUCCUUGAUGAUCCAGAGAAAGGUACUGUGGUUGAAAAACUUGUAGAAGAAACAGCUAAUAAUGAUCAACACUUGCGGCAUUUGAUUAGCAUUUGUGAAGCUCAAAGGCAAGUUGGAGAAACUGCUUUGAAUGAUACCAGCUCGCGGUCACACCAAAUAAUCAGACUGACAAUACAAAGUACUCACCGAGAAAAUUCAGAUUGUGUGAGGUCAUACAUGGCUAGUCUGAACUUUGUGGACUUAGCAGGAAGUGAAAGAGCGUCACAGUCACAGGCAGAUGGAACAAGACUGAGGGAAGGUUGCCAUAUCAAUCUAAGUCUAAUGACACUUACAACUGUCAUAAGGAAAUUAAGUGUGGGGAAAAAAAGUGGCCACAUACCGUACAGAGACUCCAAGCUUACUCGGAUUUUACAGCAUUCACUCGGUGGAAAUGCUCGAACAGCCAUUAUAUGUACAUUGAGUCCAGCUCUGACUCAUGUAGAACAAUCAAGAAAUACUCUGUACUUCGCUAACCGAGCCAAGGAAGUUACAAACAAUGCCCAUGUGAACAUGGUUGUCUCUGAUAAGCAACUAGUGAAGCAUCUUCAGAAAGAAGUGGCUAGAUUGGAGGCAGAGCGUCGCACUCCUGAUCCAUCAAGAGAAAAGGAUUUCAAGAUCCAGCAGAUGGAAAUGGAAAUCGAAGAACUUAGGAGACAAAGAGAUGAUGCACAAGUCCAACUUGAGGAGUUGCGCCAAAAGCUUCAAGGGGAUCAACAACCAAAUAAGGGCUUAAAUCCUUUUGAAUCACCAGACCCACCAGUCAGAAAAUGUCUUUCCUAUUCUGUUGCAUUGACUCCUAGCGCGGAGAACAAAAUACUAAAUCGGAAUGAGAGAGCAAGAAAGACUACGUUACGCCAAUCUAUGAUAAGGCAAUCAUCAACAGCUCCAUUUGCAUUGAUGCACGAGAUCCGCAAACUUGAACACCUUCAAGAACAGUUAGGGGAGGAAGCAACAAAAGCUCUUGAAGUGCUACAGAAGGAAGUAGCUUGCCAUAGACUAGGGAACCAAGAUGCAGCACAGACGAUCGCUAAGCUUCAAGCAGAGAUAAGGGAAAUGCGUACUGUUAAACCAUCCACAAUGCUUAAAGAUGUUGGAGAUGUCAUAGCUCCUAACAAGAGUGUAAGUGCCAAUCUCAAGGAAGAGAUAACAAGGCUCCAUUCACAAGGAAGCACCAUUGCAAAUCUAGAGGAGCAACUUGAGAGUGUUCAGAAAUCAAUUGAUAAGCUGGUGAUGUCUCUUCCAAGCAAUAUCAAUGCUCUUCAACAAGGCAACGCUGGAGAUGAAACACCAAAGACAAAGAAUCAUCAUCAUCAUUCAAAGAAGAAGAAGCUUCUUCCAUUGACACCAAGCAGCGUAUCAAACCGCCAGAAUUUCUUGAAAUCUCCAUGCUCUCCUCUUUCAGCUACUAGGCAAGUCUUGGAUUGUGAUGCUGAGAACAAAGCUCCUCAAGAGAACAACAANUCUGCAACCAGAGGGACAACGACACCACAAGGGUCUGAGAAAGAGACUCCACAGAAAGGAGAAGAAAGCGGAGANGUCUCGUCAAGAGAAAGCACUCCAGGUUACAGGAGAUCAAGCUCAGUGAACAUGAAGAAAAUGCAGCAAAUGUUCCAAAACGCAGCAGAGGAGAACGUGAGAAGCAUAAGAGCUUACGUAACCGAACUCAAAGAACGUGUAGCUAAACUACAGUACCAGAAACAACUUCUCGUUUGUCAGGUGCUUGAGUUGGAAGCCAAUGAUGGAGCUGGAUACAGCGUAGAGAACGAGGAGAACACGAUACAGGAAGACGAAGAGCAGAGUCAAGUCGCGUGGCAUAUAACUUUCAUAGAGGAAAGACAACAGAUCAUAGAGCUUUGGCAUGUCUGCCAUGUCUCAAUCAUCCACAGGACACAGUUUUAUCUACUGUUCAAAGGUGAUCAAGCCGAUCAAAUCUACAUGGAAGUGGAGCUAAGACGGUUAACUUGGUUAGAACAACAUCUAGCAGAAGUAGGUAACGCAACUCCAGCUCGAAUUGGCGAAGAACCUGCAGUAGUAUCUCUAUCAUCAAGUAUAAAAGCAUUGAGAAGAGAGAGGGAGUUUUUGGCGAGAAGGGUUAACUCGAGAUUGACGACUGAGGAGAGAGAGGAGCUGUAUAUGAAAUGGGAUGUGCCAUUAGAAGGGAAACAGAGGAAACUACAGUUCGUGAACAAGCUAUGGACAGAUCCUUACGACUCAAGGCACGUGCAAGAGAGUGCAGAGAUAGUUGCCAAGCUUGUUGGGUUCUGUGAAAGUGGUAACAUCUCUAAAGAGAUGUUUGAGCUCAACUUCGCUCUGCCUUCAGAUAAAAGACAGUGGAACAUUGGUUGGGACAACAUCUCUAAUCUCCUUCAUCUUUGA